GCUGGCUGUGCCGCACUCUGGAUCUCUACGCCACCGGCAUGCAGAACCACCUGUAGACACGCAGGAUGUUUAACUGGGUGGUGAAAGUGGUCCCCCAACUCCCUGAAGCUCCUGGAACAGAUGACGCUGCCAAGACCCCCGUUGUUUAUUCCACAGGGAAGCGUCCUCCACAGAAAAACACAGACGAGAAUUCAGAGGACAGCCAGGCCCAGACUGGAGUUUUAGGCUGGCUGUCUAAUGGGUUCGUCAGCGCCUUGCCUCAACCUUCUGGUUCCCCUCGACUCAGCAGGUCCAACUCUGACACCAGGUCAGCAGAGGAUGGAGAAAGGUCUGGAGUGAUGGGCUGGGUCACUCAGGGUCUGACCCAGUUGUUGCCUCAGCCUGAUGACAAGUACAAAGAGAUUGAAAACCCUGAAGAACACACCGAGAUCUAUGAGGUAGAAACAAUGCCAGAUUUUGAUCCCCUCCCACACAUUCCAGUGGUGGAGAUUCUGUCAGAUGAUGAGUCUGAGGUAGAGUCUUCUCAGUUCCCACCAAACGUGGUGACCUGGAUAAAGCGGAUGGUCCCUCAGCCAAUUUUGCUGCCCCCUGGUGCUGUACCUAUUGAACAAUCAAGCAAGGCAUCCCUUUCCUCUCUGGACAAAAUUUUGUCUCCACCACCUGAGUCUCUCAGUGGAAUCUCACUGGAUACUGACAGCAAGGCCUCAGCUGUGGUUGGCUGGUUCGUGUCAGGACUGGGCCUGAAGAUGCCUCAGCCCGCACUUCCAUCCAAAGAUAAUGCUGAGGGUGCAGCUGAAGUUCUACAGAAAGCUUCAUCCAAACUCAAACCUGACAUGAUACUAGAAGACGUGGACUCAGACAGCGAGGGCCAGCAGAAACCUAAAGAUCAGCCCAAAGCUGCAGCGCUGUCCACAUCACCGACUCCACCAUCACCGACUCCACCAUCACUGACUCCACCAUCACCAUCACCGACAGCAAACCAACAAUCUCAAGAAGAUGCUGAGACCCAGACGGGCCGCUGGACGCCGUUCAUCGAAAACAUCAAGAAGGAGGCUGAAGGUGUUGCUAUGGCUACCAUGGAGGAGCGUCUGCUGCAGGAGCGCGUGGAGAUGGUACGUAUGGCUGAAGAGGUGGCCAGAGAGACAGCUGAGAUGGCCAUUAGACAGAUGGCCAGUGAGGGGCAGUCCAUUAAUCUCUCACUGGGGAGUAGAGAACUGCUGCAGGAGGAGCCUGACGCCGAGCUGCCAGUGCCACAAGAAGAGGAGAGCACAGUGGACCACAGUAAAGUCACAGAAACAGAACAGAGCCUUCCUGAGGAGCCUGAGGAACCUAUCAAUGAGGAACCAGAGCCGCCAGAGGAAGCAGAGCCACAGCAGACCUCCCCCUCUCCACCUCCAAGACCUGAACCAGUUAACAUCUCUGAGCCGGAGCCUGAAUCAGAAUCAGAACCAGAAGCAGAACCAGAGACCAAGACCCAGGAAGCCAACUCAGAAGCUGAGCCUGUAACGCAGCAGCCGCAGAAAGCAAAGGAAGACGGUCAAAGCCCUGACGCUGACAAAGCUGGUGAAAAGGAGGAGGAAGCUACUGGGGACGACUGUGGUGCUCCCAUCAGCUGUGAUGCAUUUAAGAGCUGCCUGAUGCGCAUUCCUCACACCUCCGAGUGCCUCGGCAACAUCAACGCGUUCUUCAAAGAGAACGGCAUCUCCAUUCCCAAAAUACCCUCCAUGCCUAAGCUACCCACCCAGCUCUCUGAUGUUACCACGCUCUUACCCACCCUCCCCCCUGAAUUGCGCCAAGAGCUCUCCCAGAUCCGACUCACGCAGAUCCCCAGAAAUAUCGCCCAGACUAUGCCUAAAAAACAACAACAACAACAACAACAACAACAACAACAGCAAAAACAGAAGCAAGACAAGAAUCAGCAAGAUGUUGAACUGAACCGGCUCGUCCGACACUCCCCUCUUCCUCCUCCUCACCAUCCGCAGCUCCGGUCCCGCUCCCCGUCUCCAUCCUCCCCCAAUGGUAGCGCCCUCGAAUUGCCCAACGUCCCGUCCUACCCACGCCUGCCACCAAUUGUCAGCCCCCCAUCAAAGCAGCUCAACUCAGCGUCCCGCCAGCUGUCAGGUCUCUCUAACCCGGCGUUCUUCAUUGAAGAUGACUCAGACAUUGCAGCAUUGAGACCCACAGAGAGCUCUAGCCUCAGCCUUCGUCCAGCUGUCAAUGUAGAGGAUGUCGACUCGGACCAAGAGAAAGGAGGGGAAGGAGGAGGAGGAGGAGGAGGAGGAGGAGGAGGGGAGGAACAGAGCAAUAUCCCCCAAAUCCUCACCCUUCAGGACCCCAAACUCACAACCCUCACUGUCCCUGUGACCCCCUCCGGAGGUCGUCAAAGUAAAGGAGAUAAAGAUAGUGGAAGGCAUCGUCGGUCUAUCUGGACAAAGAUUAGGACCCUUCAAUCUCAAAGUGAAGAUGAUGAUGAUGAAGGAGGCAUGCCAGUCAGAGCCUGGCCCAGCCAGUCCAGCCUGCACAAUUCAGAUGACAUACUGAAAGAACGUCCAGCAUCUUCAGCCAGUCAGACCAGUACGGUGGUCAACGAGCGUCUUCAGGAGCUGGUCAGGAUGUUUAAAGAGAGAACAGAGAAAGCGAAGGAGAAACUCAUUGAGCCUGACAGCUCAGAUGAAGACAGCAUCAUCCCCUCUCCUCCUCAGGCUGCAGCUCCUCAGCCUGCUCCUGGAGCUCAGCCAGUGGACGAGAGAGAGAAGGAGGCACAAGCAGGUCCAUCAGGAGGAGGAAGGGGAGGAGGAGGAGGAGGAGGAGUGGAGAGUGGGGCAGAUGAGGAGCAGUCUAGCCGCUGCUGCAAGGUGAAAACUCCUCGGUGGAUACGAGCUUGUAUGCACUACCGCUUCCCUGCCAGCAUCGACCCUUUCACCAACCUAAUGUACGUGCUGUGGAUGUUUUUGGUCUGUCUGGCGUGGAACUGGAACGCGUGGUUCAUCCCAGUGCGCUCGGCCUUCCCUUACCAGACUCCAGACAACAUUUAUUACUGGCUGCUGACCGACUACCUGUGUGAUCUCAUUUACAUCCUGGACAUCACCAUCUUUCAGCCGCGCCUGCAGUUUGUUCGUGGAGGGGACAUAGUGUGUGACAAAAAAGACAUGAGAAAGAAUUACAUGACAACCAAACGAUUCAAAUUUGAUGUUGCCAGUCUUGUUCCCCUGGAGCUUUUCUACUUUAAAACUGGCAUCAACCCUCUCCUUCGCUUACCCAGGCUGCUGAAGAUCAACUCCUUCAUUGAGUUCAAUGAACGUCUAGAGGCCAUCUUGACCAAAGCCUACAUCUACAGGGUGAUCCGCACCACCACCUAUCUCCUUUACUGUCUCCACUGUAAUGCCUGUCUUUACUACUGGGGCUCUGCCUACACAGGACUAGGAUCAACCAAGUGGGUGUACAAUGGCGAAGGCAACAGCUACAUUCGCUGUUACUACUUUGCGGUGAAGACCCUGAUCACCAUUGGCGGUCUGCCAGACCCCACCACGCUGUUCGAGAUUGUCUUCCAACUCAUCAACUACUUUGUUGGAGUCUUUGCCUUCUCUAUCAUGAUUGGACAGAUGCGUGACGUGGUUGGUGCAGCUACAGCAGGUCAGACCUACUACCGCACAUGUAUGGACAACACUAUCAAAUACAUGUCCUCCUAUCGCAUACCCAAAGAGGUGCAGAACCGUGUCAAAACCUGGUACAACUACACCUGGCAAUCACAGGGCAUGCUGGAUGAGCAGGACCUGCUCACUCAGUUGCCAGAUAAAAUGCGUUUGGACAUUGCUAUAGACGUCAACUACUCCAUUGUCAGCAAAGUCCCUCUUUUUCAGGGUUGUGACAGACAGAUGAUCUUUGACAUGCUGAAAAGCCUACGCUCUGUUGUUUACCUGCCUGGGGAUUAUGUCUGCAAAAAGGGCGAGGUGGGUCGGGAGAUGUACAUCAUAAAGGCUGGGGAGGUGCAGGUGGUUGGAGGACCGGAUGGGAAGACAGUGUUUGUCACUCUCAGAGGAGGAUCUGUCUUCGGAGAGAUCAGUUUGCUCGCAGUAGGCGGGGGUAACAGGCGCACGGCAAAUGUAAUCGCCCACGGAUUUGCCAAUCUAUUCAUCCUCGACAAGAAAGACCUGAAUGAGAUCCUGGUCCACUACCCCGAGUCCAAGAAACUGCUCCGCAAGAAGGCCAGGAAGAUGCUAAACAAGGGAAAGAAACCUGAGCCCAAAGAAGAGGCGAAGGAUCCCCCUCAGGUCCCGGCAGCCCCUGUUAGACCAGAAACCCCCAAACUGCUGAGAGCAGCCCUGGAGAUGACACAGAAAUCCUCUGGACUUAAAGGAGCUCUGGCUAAAGUCAAAGAGAAGACUCGCAAGUCCAUUGUCUCAUUACAGCCCUCUUUCUCCUCCUCCCUGCCUCCUCCAUCCCCCACCUCCAGCUCCGGACCUGACAGGGACGUGGACACACCAUCACCCGUCUCUAUCAGCUCCGCAACGCUUCGCUCUACCUCCCAUUGCCCCGACCACAACAACUCUGCGAUGCCACACUCUGCAUCAAGGGGCCACGGUGACGCAGACGAAAUGCUCGCCGCGGACCAAAGAGAAGAGGGCGUCAGCGGGGUUGAAGGGACCGAGGGGGGGAAGAGGAAAGAAAAGAAGUCGUGAUAAUUAAGAGAGAAACAGGUGACAAUCCCAUAGAGGAGAAGGGAAAUCGGAGUGAUCAAAGGGGAAAGAAGAAAUGCUCUCUUUAAAGGGUAAAUAGAGGGUAUGUCAGCUAUAAAUUGACAGAAUGGUGUAAAGAAAGAGAGAAGAGGUGUUGUUAAUGAACAUGUACACAACUGCUAUGUCUGGACGUCAACCUGAUCUGCUAGUGGGAGUUGUGUGGGACAGCAUGAAUGCAAAAAGAUCAAGGUAGUACUGUAUUCCACUCUGACCUAUGACCCCUAACCCAUUUUAUUAGUUAUAGCCUUGGAGCCCACUAUAUCUCAAAUAUCAUCAACAUAACAUUAGCUGUCGUUUGAUGAGCUGUGCUAACCAUUAGAAGUUCUUUCAACCUCCACACAUUGUGUUUAUCUUCAUUAAUCUCAUUAGAUCAUCGAAUGUAAGAGCAAGCCACUCCUCACCUGGUUAACUCUUCAGAAUUCAAGCACAUCUUCAUCAUCUACACUGAAUUCAAAUGUAGCUAUGACGAUGAGUGGAUUGUGUGUGGGGUGGCAUCGUCAGGCCAUAACUGUGAACUUAGAUCAGUCCUUUCUACAGAACUGAACUUCUUGUCUAUCCAAAAUGUUUUUGCUGUUGUUGUCUGCUGACUGUUGGAUUCUUUUGGAAACUUGAAAUAACAAUUUGCCUUACAUGUUUUGUCAUUUCCCUUUGUGUUUUGUUGGUGUGAGUAUAGCUUGCACUGAUGAUGUAUUUACAAGUGGGUCUGAACAACAGCACAGACCUGGUAGACCUGUAUUUAAGGUUGUAACAACAUGAUCUUCUGUUUCUCCAUCAUGAGAUAUGUUUCAAAUAAUGUUGACAGGUCAUUGCAAAGUCAGCACAUGUUAUUGUACGUAGAUUUUCCGUCUUUGACUGUCAUAGCUUUAAGCAUUAUGAGCUAAAACAUCACCUAGCCUCUUGUUACCUCCAACACUGGCAUUCACAUGCUAAUCAAUGCAAUCACUACUCACUAACGUAACAAUGUAGCCAUCACUACAUGUAAUACCAUUGUUUUACAUAUUGUAUAACUAUAAUUAACAAUAUUAUGUUCAUGUUUUCUUCUGUUUGUUUUGUAAAAUAAUGUAAAUAUAUUUGUUUUUUGAAAUUUAGAUGAAUCACACGUUCAUUUAAGGUUACUGUCCUGCUUUGUAGUGCUGUGACAUGUACAUACAUUCUAAUGAUGCUAAAUAUUUAAUUUGUUCUGUAAAUGUGAUAAGGACUAAGUAAUGAUGAGAGAUUUAAUGUGUUUGUGUAGAUGAUUUAUUGUAUCGAUAAAGCCUCAGAAGAAGAGCCCAUAGACCAGCUAACCCUCCAGACAAUCUGUAGACAGGAUGUCAAUGUUGCUUCUCCUUUAUGGUGUUGUGUGUGUGCAUGUGUGUGGUGAGAGGGGAGAAGUGUGUGUGUAUUAUAAUGCCCUUAACAUUUUGUCACAGAUGUAUGCCUGUCUUUUGUGAAUAAAUGACCUGUUUCA